AUGGCCAUCCUCUUCCGGGUUCUUCUGAUCCUCAUUCUUUCAGAUUCACUUGUUAGUACCCGAUGCCUCGGAGUAGGAAUUAAUUAUGGCCAGAUUGCCAACAAUCUUCCAUCACCUUCCCGUGUGGCAUAUCUUCUCAAAUCUCUCAACAUUAGUAAAGUGAAGCUUUAUGAUGCCAAUCCAAAUGUCUUAACAGCAUUUGGAAAUUCAAAUGUCGAAUUUGUGGUCGGGCUAGGGAAUGAGUAUCUACAAAAGAUGACUGAUCCUAUUCAAGCUCAAACUUGGAUUCAACAGCAUGUGCUACCUUAUAUUUUCCAAACCAAGAUCACUUGUUUCACCGUUGGAAAUGAGGUCCUCACAGGCAAUGAUACUCAGUUAAUGUCUUAUCUUUUGCCGGCAAUGCGGACAGUAUAUGGGGCUCUUCGUGGUCUAGGAAUAAACAAGGAUGUAUAUGUUACAACGGCUCAUUCAACCGGAAUCUUGGGUAACUCCUUCCCUCCUUCUGCAGGAGUGUUUCGACAAGAUCUAGCCGAGUAUAUCCAGAGCAUUCUAAAUUUCCAUUCACAGACUGAUUCACCAUUUCUGAUAAACGCAUAUCCCUUUUUUGCAUACAAAGAUAACCCCGAUCAGGUUUCAUUGGACUAUGUGCUUUUCCAGCCUAAUCCAGGGACUACAGACCCAAUUACGAACUUGAAAUAUGAUAACAUGUUAUACGCUCAAAUUGAUGCUGUUUAUGCUGCAAUCAAAGCAAUGGGCCAUACAGAUAUACAAGUCAAAGUUUCUGAGACGGGAUGGCCAUCUAAGGGCGAUCCAAGUGAGGUAGGAGCUACACUGGAGAAUGCUAGAUUAUAUAACAGUAACUUGCUGAGUCGGGUACAGCAAAACCAGGGUACUCCAGCGAAGCCAUCAGUACCUAUUGAUGUGUAUGUUUUUGCACUUUUUAACGAGAAUUUAAAACCUGGGCCAUCAUCUGAAAGGAAUUACGGGUUAUAUUAUCCUGAUGGUACCCCAGUUUAUUAUAUCGGGUUACAAGGUUUUCUUCCUCGCAUGGAUUAUGCAGCUUCAAACAGAAAUGGCUUAAAUUUCUUUCAUCUCCUCCUCUUUCCCGUAGCCUUCUUACUACGUACUUUAUAG